AUGUUGCAGGUGAGUUCCAUCGAGCAAAAGGAAGCGGCUCGUGGCCAGCCGGGUGGCUCCUGGCAAAGUCCAGAUAUCGCCAGCUUACCUCGGCCAAAGACCAUUUCUCUCAUGGAGAAAGUGGAGCUUACCAUCAUCAGUGCAGUUCCGACUUUCGGACCCGAUGGAAAUUUUAUUACGCUGAUCCGGGAGCCGGUUUUGGUGUCCCAGGAUCACACCGCAUCCAAUGCGUUAGAGGCCUAUCUGCUGAAGAACAAAAUUUAUUGCACCGGACCUAAGAGAUCCCAUCGGGUUCUGUUGCGAUGGUCACCGGCAAAAGUCAAUCUCUUUUGUGAUUGGCCUGCGGAAGAGGCGAAGGAGACAAAAUUUGAGAUCUUCUUAGAAGAUGCGGCGGGGAAAGCUCUUGGGCAAUUCAGUGCAAAGCAUAAGCCUUUGGAGAAGAAGUUUGACACCGUGGCAUGUGUGCGAGAUAUUUUUGUGGACACAAACCCACGACAUCUUGGCGAAAGUUUCAGCGGCCCUUUCAAACAGUUGGUGGAGUGGUUGGAAUUUAACCAUAUGCACGGCAUCGACCACUUCUUCUUCUACACCUUUCAUGGCACGGAGGACGCAGCCAAGGAGAUCAUGACACCCUAUAUGAAUGAUGGAUUGGCCUCAAGGAUUCACUUCGAACACUAUCCCGGAGUGAAUGUGGUGCGGCAGCACUAUGUCAUCCGAGAUUGUUUGUACAGGGCAAAGAAUCAUGCGAAUUGGUUGCUUCCUACCAUCGAUGUGGACGAGUACAUCCACAUGACCGGAGGUCAUAUUUUUGCCGGUGGCGUUGUGCCAAAGGACUACCUGAGAACAGCUUGGGACUCCAUCGUCCGCUACAACAAGGCAGAGAAAAAGAAGAUUCAGACCAUCAAAUUCUACAGGUUCCGCUUUGCUCGUGGUCCGCCUGGUCAGUUGGACAUUGCAUCCGUGUGGCGUGAAGCGUCCUUGCAAGAAGGAAGGAGUGGACACAUCAGAGCACUACCGAAGUACGUUUGCAACGUUCAUUUGUCCUACGAUCCCCACAUUCAUGGUGCCAUGUUUUCGUCCUUCCUCGGAGUGGGUCAGAACGUGCUCGUCGCAAACCACUAUCGCAACGCCAAAGGCGUCCGCAUCGAGUACGGGGACAACUUCACACAGCUCCCGGAUGCCUUGGCCACGGUGAAAGACGAAGCGUUGGUGCCCUCUGUGGCGUUGGUCGAGGAAGCGAUCCGACAACGUUUCAGUGAAGAUCCCAGGAUACUUCUGAGGCGAUUGGGUGAGAAACGGCCACCUUCACAAGAAGUAGCUGCCAAGCUCUCGGCCGACCCCGGCAAUGUGACACUAGCCAUGCAUUCCUUGAAAGGUGAAGAUGACGAAGAUUGGUGA